UCUCUCUCUCUCUCUCUCAGAGGGCAGGAAUGUGGAAACCGGAGUCCGCUCCUUCAAGCCGUCAGAACCGCUCGUUUCUGGGGGAAAUAAUCGAUCCGGAGCUCCUGUAAACGCACCGCUGAGGUGGGAGUGAUCUGUGGACGCACACUUUUCUGGAUUUACUAUCUCAGGUCGAUCGUGCUUCCCUUUUCCGUUUUUUUUUUCCUUUCGACUGAGGAAAAGUUUACAUCGAGCCCAAACACAGCUGGAGUCCGCGGAUGGAAGCCGCCCCCGUCUCCCAGCAUGGACCCUGAGAUACGGAGAAGGUGAAGACUGCUGGUGUUAAAUGUUCACUGCGAGGCUUCCUGCAACACAGCGACUCGUCCCGUAAACUGCCCUUCAGCCCGGUGACCGUGUGAACCCCCCCCCCACCCCCUUUGGCGGAGCGUCGACCAUGGCGUCCAGUCUGACGUGCGCGGGCGUGAUCUGGGCCCUGCUGUCCCUGCUGUGCGCCGCCGCCUCCUGCGUCGGCUUCUUCAUGCCCUACUGGCUGCUGGGAACGCAGAUGGACAAGCCGGUGUCCUUCGGCACGUUCCGCCGCUGCUCCUACCCGGUGAGGGACGAGGAGCGGCAGGCCACCGUCAUGCUGGAGCAGUGCGGCCGCUACGCCUCCUUCCACGGCAUCCCCAGCCUGGAGUGGAGGAUCUGCACCGUGGUGACGGGCGUGGGCUGCGGCCUCCUCCUGCUGGUGGCGCUCACGGCCCUCAUGGGCUGCUGCAUCUCCGACCUCAUCUCGCGUACCAUCGGGCGCGUGGCGGGUGGCAUCCAGUUCGUUGGAGGUCUGCUGAUAGGAUCGGGCUGUGCGCUCUACCCGCUGGGCUGGGACAGCGAGGAGGUACAACAGACCUGCAGCAACAGCUCGAACCAGUUCCAGCUAGGUUCGUGCCAGAUCGGCUGGGCGUACUACUGCACAGGCGCGGGAGCGGCGGCCGCCAUGCUGCUGUGCACCUGGCUGUCCUGUUUUGCAGGGAAGAAGCAGAAGCAGUACCCGUACUGACGGGGGGGUGGAGAGAGAGCAUCAGAGAGACGGCGGCGACGGACGGAGACCUCAGGCGGUGCGCGAAAAGGGAGAGAACUCGGGACUCUGUGGACUCACACCAGUACAGCACAUCAGGCACCAAAGACACCAAGUCAUUACGGUGCUCUGCACAUCAUGGGACUCUACUCAUCUGACAACUGCAGGGACUGUUUCAUAAUGCAGCACACACACAUGGCUUUGAAAACUGGUACUUCUCUUAAAAGCUGUUCUUAAAUGAAAAAUGUAUGGACCAAUCCUAUUUGUAAAGUUGUUACAUAACUAUUUCUUUAAUGAAAAGAGUAUUCUCUCUUCUUAUUUUUUUUUCAUCUUCCUCUUCCUCUUCUUCUUCAGUCAUUGAUGUUUAUGUGAUAGUGUGCCCUGUGAUGAACAGAAAAGUGAUCUUGCCUCAUUGUUACGUGAAGUGUUUCCGCCUCCUCUUCAUGUCUCAUCCUUGCCUUAAAACACAAACUGAAAUGCAAUAAUCCCUCUAACGUAAAGCAAUCCAACACUGGCUGCCUGCUUCCCAACCUCAGCCUUCUCAGACCCCCCCC